AUGCUAGAAAAGCCCGGUUUGCGCCACUGCGUUCAAUCCAACAUCCUCACCGCUCCAGUCGCGGUUUGGGACAAAAUCUUCGAGUCCAACGCUUUUAGUGUUGCUUAUCAACAUUCCGGUGACCCCCGUUGGGCGGACUUGCAUUUCAUUUUCGAGGAGGUGUACUCCACAAACCCGAGAUCUGAAGUUGUUCAUGACCGCAACUCCACAAACGAAGCUUUUUUUGCUCUCCCAGUUGCACGAAGUAAUGUGGUGGUUUCAGAUAAUUCAUAUCACAAUGCUUUGCAGACUCUUUGUAGUCGCAACAACACUUUGCCCCAACAUGGUGGGCCCCAUGAUGCCUCGUCUGAAAGCUCCGUCAACACGCAUACCUAUGUCUUAAUUAAUAGGGUGGGCAGUCGAACCCCAUUGCUCAUGCCACGUCCACCGCACAAGCCAGACCCGGCUUCUUGCAAGGGUUCGACUAGCGAUCCUCAUGUUUGA